AUGGCUGAAAAAUAUCCUUUACCAACAGCAAAUCUUGUUUGGGGAGAAAUGCGUAAUGAUCAGCAUCAUGAUAUUUGUGCUGAUACACUUGGCAGUGGUUUUGGCGGAACUAUUGGCGCAUCGGGAUGUCAUGGUCAAGGUGGAAAUCAACUAUUUCGUUUAAAUGUCGAAGGUGAAUGGUCAUCGGAUGAACAUUGUUUUGUAUCUCAUGGUGAUUCUGUUGGGACACAACACUGUGUACAAAUGGGUAGAUGGAUUCCAAAAGGUGAAUGGAAAUAUGAAAAUCAAACACGGCAAAUGCGUUCAAUGAAAGUUAGUAAAUGUUUAGUAACGGAUGGCAAACGUUUAAGUUUGGAAUCUUGUCAAAAUAAUAAUCAAGCACAACAAUGGAAAUGGAAAGAAAUUUAUGUUGUAUGA